CUUUCCCAGUCAUAACCAUCACGACAGCCGACCGUGUCGGAGGCAAGUGUAUUCUUUCACGCUUGUCGGACCGUGAGAUUAAGUGAAAUAAAAAUUAUAUGUGCAAAAUUGACAAAACUCAGCAAAACUCUAAAAUAUUCCAAAAUCAUGGUGGCUGCUGAAGUAAUCCAAGUAAUUUAACUGCUAUGACAAAAUGAAUCUUAUAUUGGAUCGAAUAUGUGUACAUUGAAGUGGAAGUCAAUGUGUUCACCUUCAGAAAAUAUAACUUUAAAAUAGUGUUGAAUAACAAAUUAAUCUUGUAUCUGCUGAAUAAACGCGUUCGCUUAAAUUUAGGCAAAAAGUGAAACAUUAACUUACUUUGCUCAUUCAGCUGUGCAGAAGAAGAAAAUUUUCCUCCAGCCACAAGGCGAUCGAUAUUGGUCCCCAUCUGAAGGUAUGGACGUCGUGUAUGUAUGAGAAGAAGGCACCGUAGUGUAUUGCAGCGAGGCCUCCUUCCGAGAGAUCCCGGCUUGAAAUCAGAGAGCUUGUGGCGGAAUGUUGGAUUCUCCAUCUGCGUGGUUUUCAUCGCCUGCUUGGGUUGCUGCAUUUGAGUUACCUACCAGCGCCACAUGUUCGCAGUGCAGAGAAAAGCGAUGAAAUGAGUGCCCAUUGAUUGCUGCAGUCUAGCCGAGUGGCACCACCCACUGCGGGUGCCGGUCGUUUUGAGGGUAGUUUUUCCUCGGAAGAAAAAAAGCGCGCGUGACGUCUCGCGAUAUAUUUAUUAUCCGCCGAAAGAGCGAAUUGUAUGUUUACAAAUAUUGUAUCCGGAAGAACAAUGCGAUGGCGACAGGUUUCCAAACGCCGGGACAGAGUGGUUAGACGGCAUGGCGGAGGAAGACAUGUGACUGAGAGUGCGUUUCUGAGCAGAUGUUGCAGAGAAUAUUUGUGAGUCCAAUGAAACCAAUACUUCGAGCAAAAUCAAAACUUUUUGCAGCCUUGUUAAGUUGCUUCAAAGGAUUCGUAUAAAUCAAAGCUCAAACAGAAGAUAAAAGUCAGCGGUAGUAACAAGGUAGAGAGUCACUUCAACCAGUACGAGGAGGAACGGAAAAAGAUGUCCGACUUGAUGGUUACUAACCACAGCGAGCAUUUAAGUGAAGAACUGAACUUUACCGCGUUUAUCGAUUUGUGUCGGUUUUGCUCGAUUAAGAGCGGUCCCAGGCUGAACAUCUUCGAUAAGGAAGCCGAGCAGAGGCAGAUAUUGUUUAAGAUUAGAACAAUUUUGCCGAUUGUGAUAAAUAAGGAGGAUUUCCUGCCGAAGAAAAUUUGCGAUCGAUGCGUUGAAAAAAUUGAACAAUACUUCGAAUGGAGAGCAAACUGCGUACAAACUGAUGCCAUACUACGGAACUAUGCAGAUUCGAUGCGAGUAGUAACAGCAACAAUAAAUUUUCAGGACGGCACUGUCAAUAUUGAUAAAAUGACCCCAGCCCAAAAGAACGCUUAUCUUGAAGCACACAUGGCGGUACAACAGCAAAUGAUGCACGCUGCGCAACAGAUGCAUCAACAGCACCAACACCAGCAACAUCAGCAACAACAACAGCAACAACAGCAGCAACAACAACUACAGCAACAACAACAACAGCAGCAGCAAACACUACUCCAACAACAACAGGGAUCGUCUCGUUCAGCUAAGAAAUCCAAACCCAACAGUCACGAAAGUCAGCCGGCACAGUACCAUCAGCCCCAACUACAGCAACAAAAUCUACAACAGCAGCAGCACAGUCAUCAGCAAUCGAAUAAUGUAAUAACCGCUGCAUCAGCUAGUGGCACUAUCAGUACAACUCAUUACGUGAAUACUAUCAAAGUACCACAGAUCAACACUAGCACCAUAUCGAACUCUACUAAUAUCAGCACUGCUGGUGGCGAUAGUAGUACGUUUACUGUGCCGGAUGACGUGGGUAUGGGUUUUGAAGGUGGAGUACGCGUUCUUCAAAGUUUGGGGAAUUGGUCGCCGGAGAUACCUCCAAAUAUUCCUCGGCCAAACUUGAUUCCCUUUACAGAACCAUACACUGAAGGUGGAUCAAUGCAUCCUGCGACAAGGUUAAAAGCUUUGCAACAAGUUCAACAGGCAUCGUCCAAAAAGAGUACUGCGAAGCCAAAGGCACCUGUCACUAACAACACGGGUCCUCCGAAGCCAGUUUUUGAAUGCACAAUAUGCGGCAAAGGUCUAGCUCGGAAAGAUAAGCUGACAAUACAUAUGCGAAUUCACACAGGGGAAAAACCGUACAUCUGCGAGGUUUGUGAUAGAGCCUUUGCGCGACGGGAUAAGCUGGUGAUACACAUGAAUAAGUUUAAGCACAUCACACCUACUAAUAUCGCUCCUCUUGGAAAACGACAGAACCGUGUGCCUACGUUAGUUAAAAAAGAGGAUCAGAAAUGCGAAGACAAUAAGCCAAUACUGAUCGACCACCAUGCCUUAGCAACACAAACUUUGACCACGGUGGUCAACAGUAUUUCAGCUCAACAGCAGCAGCAGGGUCAACCUUCGGGGCAGAUGGACCAAGCGACUGGACCUCCACAGCAACAUACAAGUAUACCGUCUGCCAUAGGGAUGAGUAUACCACAGCAACACCAUCACCAGUUAUCGUGGACUUGUGAAUUAUGCGGUCGAAUGUUCCAAACGAGAGAAGAAUGGACUCUGCAUGCCAAGAGUCAUCUGGAGUAUUGACAACAACAAGCUGGAGCGACUGUAGUUUUAACAGGCAACAGCUCAGAUAAUAGUAGCGGUAUUAGUCUCAAGGAUAAAAGUAUUCAAUCGUCACAGUCAAUUUCUUCACAUCAGGUAGACUCUUUACAGCCUCAACACCGUCGGAGUUGCGGCAAAUGCAUCCCAAAGUAUAGUCGUGCAACAGCAGAGCAAUUUUUGUUUUCUGUGCCGACAGAGCUGCGGUAGCCAAGCCGAGUUUGCCGCACACAUCCGAGGACAUUUUGUAGAUGGGAAAAUUUCCGCAACAACGGUAGAUUCGAACACCCUCAUUAGCAGACACGAAGCCGUUCAAAACGGAAGUAUUUGCAACACCACCAGUACCUAACCUAAUGGAAGUUGGAGGAAGAAAGUAGUACCGCAGACAAACAGACGUCACACUUUACGUUGAUUCAAUCGUUCACCUGAAAUGGUUAUGUGGUAUGAUAAAUGUUACGCCCGUUUGUUUGUGAUGACACAUCUCAUGGGAUUAUGUUGUGUUAGCAUUAUGCUUUAGUUUCUAAUCGAAUUGACAUAUCCAUAUCACACGUUGUAAAGGUUACGUAUCGGUUCAUUAGAUAAUUUUUGUUAACCUGUCAAAACUCUAGAAGUCAUAUGUGCAAAGCAGAUAUGAAGUGUAAAAUCUUUUAAAAUCUGGCAGAAAAGAUGUAUUUUUUUGUAAGCAAAAUCAAAAUUAGGGGAUGAAUAAACUGUAAAAAAUGAGUGUAAAA